AUGCGGAAAUUUGCACACUAUCUAUCUAUGUAUCUCAGUCACUCCAUACAUAUCUAUCUAUCUAUCUAUCUAUCUAUCUAUCUAUCUAUCUAUCUAUCUAUCUAUGUAAUUUGUGACGUAGAAAAGUGGUACAGACAAAAGUUUAUCUAUCUAUCUAUCUAUCUAUCUAUCUAUCUAUCUAUCUUAUCUAUCUCAGUUUGUUCAUAUCUAUCUAUCUAUCUAUCUAUCUAUCUAUCUAUCUAUCUAUCUAUCUAUCAUAAGGAAGGCAUUAUAGCCAAUAAGACUUCAAAAAUUUCACCGGAGACACCGUAUCUUUUCAACUAUCUUUACUUUACAUAUCUAUCUAUCUAUCUAUCUAUCUAUCUAUCUAUCUAUCUAUCUAUCUUAGUCUAUUCAUAUGCCUGUAUGUAUGUAUGUAUGUAUCUUAAUCUCUUCACAUCUAUCUAUCUAUCUAUCUAUCUAUCUAUCUAUCUAUCUAUCUAUCUAUCUAUCUAUCUAUCUCUUCAUAUGUAUGUAUGUAUCUAUCUAUCUAACUUAGUCUCUUCACAUCUAUCUAUCUAUCUAUCUAUCUAUCUAUCUAUCUAUCUAUCUAUCUAUCUAUGUGUACACAUACUACAUACACAUCUACGCUUAUUCUUAUUAUUAUGGGAUACAUCUACGCUUAUUCUUAUUAUGGGAUACAUCUACGCUUAUUCUUAUUAUUAUGGGAUACAUCUGUAUCUAUCUGUCUAUCGUAGUUUCUUCACAUCUAUCUAUGUAUCUACAUCUAAUAAAGAAAAAAUCGUUUGA